CGAAGCCCUCUCCGCACGCUUUGCGAUGGACGACUCGUGAAGUUUCUCAUGCCUCCGAGCCAACCACUGCUCCCGUUUCGCCACUCGCCACCCCCUUCAAAAUAAUAAUAAUAAAAAAGAAAAUCCAAACUUUCCGCAUGCGUAUAAAUCCUCCUUAAGUAGCUUCCGAUCAAAACCGCCGAACGGGUCUUAACAGUCCAUCUUCGAUUGGAAGGAAGAAAGAGAGAUUAGUAAAGGUGCUAUGUGGACCCAACAGUACCGGAAAGAUGACUUGGAGAGCGGCGCAAGGCCCUUGUACCCUAUGAUGCUGGAGAGCCCGGAGCUCCGUUGGGCUUUUAUUCGGAAAAUAUACUCUAUCAUCACUGCUCAGUUGGUUUUGACCAUUGCCGUGGCUGCCGUCGUCGUCACCUAUCAUCCCAUCGUCCGAUUCUUCACAACCACUGGGGCUGGACUGGCUCUCUAUAUUGUUCUCAUCAUCACCCCUUUCAUUGUUUUAUGUCCCUUGUAUUAUUACCAUCAGAAGCACCCAGUGAAUUACUUACUUCUAGGAGUGUUUACUGUGGCCCUUGCCUUCGCCGUGGGAUUGACUUGUGCUUAUACUGAAGGGAAAGUGAUACUGGAGUCGGUUAUUUUGACUGGUGCGGUGGUUAUUAGCCUCACUCUUUACACAUUCUGGGCUGCAAAGAGAGGCCACGAUUUCAAUUUCCUUGGGCCCUUCUUAUUUGGUGCUGUUGUUGUGCUUAUGCUGUUUGCAAUUAUUCAGAUUCUGUUUCCUCUUGGCAGGAUCUCAACGAUGAUUUAUGGAUGUCUCGCAUCAAUAAUAUUCUGCGGGUACAUUAUCUAUGACACUGACAAUCUGAUCAAGCGCUACACCUAUGACGAGUAUAUUUGGGCAGCUGUUGCAUUGUACUUGGAUAUCAUUAAUCUCUUCCUAUCUAUACUGACAAUUUUCAGAGCUGCUGAUAGUUGAGAUGAUUGCAGAAGCUGAACCAUUCUCAUGUUGUAGUUCUACAUGAAAAGUUCUUUACUUCCCUGUUUUUUUUUUUAUAGUUCUUAGAUAUUAUCGUUAUGGUACACAAUUGUUAAUUUUCUUGUCACAAAUGAUGGAAUUGUAUCUAUCUAUGAUUUGAAUUUCAUUACUUUGUCAUUAUCUCUC